GCUGUAUAUCCAAACGGCUUACCCUACUUCCGCUCCCUUAGCCCACCCGAUCUCUUGUCUCGUAGCAUCAGCGAGCAAAAUCUUCCAAAAUGGCACCCAAGAACAAGGCAAAGAAGGGAAAGAACACCGAUAAUGACUACUGGGACAAAGUAGGCGAACCCGUCCUCAACAACAACGUCGCAGGCCAAGAUGAUGCUGGAUCGGAUGACGAUACGCCUGCCCCCCGGAAGGGAGCGACGUCCGCAUUUGCUGCCCUGCACCAGGAUGACAUCCCCAAUGAAGAGGAAGAGGAGGACUUCGGUGGGCUAAUGUCCAUGAUCAAAAACCAGUCAAAGGGCAAGAAGGACAAGAAGAAGCUGAAAAAGGCCCAGGCUUUCGAUGAGGAGAACUUGAACGCUGACGGGGACGCAGCAGCGUCGGCUGAGUCCAAGGGUCCAGUCGAGAUGACUGCCGAAGAUCUUGCCGACGAGGAGUGGGGUCCCACAAAGGACAAGAAGAAGGGCAAGAAAGGGAAGAAAGGGAAGGGCGCCCCUGCUGAGGACGCCGAGCCACCUGCUGAAGCUGAGGAGGCUGCUCCCGCCCCUGCUGCGGAGCCUACUGCUAAUGGUGAUGACGGCGAAGAUGAUGCUGGUCCUAAGGUGUUGACGAAGAAAGAGAAGGAGAAGCUCAAGAAGGAACGCGAGAAGGCGAAAAAGAAGGCACAGGCGGAGGCUAAGAAGGGAGUACCUGAGGUAAAAGAGGCUCAGGCAGAAGCCGAGGAUAAAGAAGAGGAGGCAAAGGACGAUGCCGCAGAUGGAGAUGAAGGUGGCGAGGGAGGUGGCAAGAUAGACUCAAAGAAGAAAAAGAAGAAGAAGGGGAAGAAGGACGACGAUGCUGCUGCUCCGGCAUCUACCCCAACACCUGCCGCAGGGAAGAAGAAAGCAGGCGGAGGCAUCAGCGCUCUGAGGGCGAUGAUGGAAGAGAAGAAGAAGUUGGAGGAGGAGGUACGGAAGCGGGAAGAAGAGGAGAGACGUCGGAUCGAGGAAGAGGAGCGUCUGGCAGAGGAAGAGGCAAAGAAGAAGGAGGAAGAGAAACAGCGGAAGAAGGAGAAGGAGAAGGCUAAGCGCGAGCAGGCGAAGAAGGAAGGGAGGCUGCUUACGAAGAAGCAGAAAGAAGAGAAGGCGGCGGCUGAGAUCAGGAAGAAAGCACUGCUCGCUUCCGGAGUGCAGAUUGAAGGACUGCAACAGCAGGCCGACGGUGUACAGGCACCGAAGAAAGUGGUCUAUGGCAAUCGCAAGAAGAAGGGACCGGCUGCCCAGAAAGGUGGAUCGGCUACUCCUUCGUCGAGGGCGAGGACGCCUGAGCCCGAGCCCGAGCCCGAGCCUGAACCGGAGACGCCUGCUACUCCCGCUGGAGCGGAACCCGAGAAGGUGACAGCUGCUCCUGACGUCAAAGAUGAAUGGGACGCCAGUAGCGAGGAUGAAGCACCAGCAGCAACUCCCGCUGCGGAGAGCGUAAAGGACGAUUGGGAUGCUCCCAGCGAGGAGGAUGAGCCUGCUAAACUUGUAGAGACUCCUAAACCUCAAGCAAACGGCAAGCCAACCGGGGCUCAGAAGGUACCGGACGCUGUGAAGCCAACAUCUACUACCGCAGCCAAAUCUGAGGCAGAUGAGGACUCCGAGUCGGAAGAAGAUUCAGAGUCAGAUUCAUCCGAAGAGGACUCCGACGAGGACUCAUCCGAGGAAGACUCAGAUGAAGGUAUGACAAACACCCAGCGUGUCGCGGCACAGCGCAAGGCAGAGGCUGCAGAGCGGAGGGCAAAGGCUCACGAAGCCGCCCUUGCGGCGCGGAGCAAGGACAACCUGCGCAGCCCUAUCUGCUGUAUCUUGGGUCAUGUCGACACAGGUAAAACGAAGCUGUUGGAUAAGAUACGGCAAACGAACGUCCAGGAGGGUGAAGCUGGUGGUAUCACGCAACAAAUUGGUGCUACCUACUUCCCUGUUGAGGCCAUCAAGACUAAGACAGCUGUUCUCAACAAGGAUGGCAAGCAAGAAUAUAAAGUUCCGGGAUUGCUCGUCAUUGAUACCCCCGGACACGAAUCCUUCACGAACUUGCGGUCCCGAGGUAGUUCGCUCUGUAACAUCGCUAUCUUGGUAGUCGAUAUCAUGCACGGUCUUGAACAACAAACAUUAGAGUCUUUACGCUUAUUGAGGGAUCGAAAGACUCCAUUCAUUGUUGCACUCAACAAGAUCGAUCGUUUGUAUGGGUGGGAGCCCACCCCUGAUGGCGCUUUCCGCGAAUCACUGGCUAAGCAGAAGCAGUUUGUUCAACGCGAAUUCGACGAUCGCAUGCAGAAGACCAUUAUCGCCUUUGCCGAACAAGGUUUGAAUGCUGUUCCCUACUACGAGAACAAGAACUUUGCUCGGAACGUUUCGCUGGUGCCGACAUCUGCUGUCACGGGCGAGGGUGUUCCCGACAUGAUCAUGCUCCUGCUCAAUCUUACGCAACAGCGUAUGGCAGAUCGCCUCAUGUACCUUUCCGAACUCGAGUGUACGGUGCUUGAGGUCAAGGUCGUUGAAGGUCUCGGUACAACCAUCGAUGUUGUCCUGUCGAAUGGUAUACUGCGAGAAAGUGACAAGAUCGUUGUGUGUGGUCUCAAUGGGCCUAUCGUCACUCAAGUUCGCGCACUGCUGACUCCCCAACCCUUGCGUGAACUGCGUAUCAAGUCAGCCUACGUCCAUCACAAAGAGGUCAAGGCAGCUCUUGGUGUCAAGCUCGUCGCCCCUGAUCUUGAGAAAGCCAUUGCUGGUUCUCGUCUGCUUGUCUGCGGUCCUGACGACGAUGAAGACGACCUCCGUGAUGAAGUCAUGUCGGACUUGACGUCGCUGUUGAAUUCCAUUGAUAAAUCCGGUCGUGGUGUCUGCGUCCAGGCCAGCACACUCGGUUCCCUCGAGGCUCUACUCGACUUUCUGAAGGUCAGCAAGAUUCCAGUGUCGGGCAUUAACAUUGGUCCUGUGCACAAGAAGGACAUCAUGCGUUGCGCCACUAUGCUUGAGAAGGCUAAAGAGCUCGCUGUCAUCCUUGCUUUCGACGUCCCCGUGGACCGUGACGCAGACAGGCUUGCGGAGGAGAUGGGUAUUCGUAUUUUCAAAGCCGACAUCAUCUAUCACCUGUUCGACGCGUUCACUGCUUAUAACAACGAGAUCAUGGAGGCCAAGCGCCGCGAUGCUGCUCCUCAGGCUGUAUGGCCAUGCAGACUCAAGACCAUCGCCGCGUUUUGUAAGCGUGACCCCAUCAUUCUCGGUGUCGACAUUCUGGAUGGCACUCUGCGCGUCGGUACUCCGCUUUGUGUAGUGAAGAUAGACCCCACGACGCAGAAGAAGGAAAUUAUUGACUUGGGUAAAAUCACGUCCCUCGAGAUCAACCACAAGACCUUCGAUAUAGUCAAGAAGUCGCAAGCAGGUGGUGGUGUCGCCGUCAAGAUCGAGCAUGCCGUGUAUCAGUCAGCCAAGAUGUUCGGCCGGCACUUCGAAGAAAAGGACGAAAUUAUCAGCCAUAUCAGUCGCCAGAGUAUCGACGUGCUCAAGGCUACAUUCAAGGCCGAUGUAUCGAACGAAGAAUGGCAUCUUAUCAAGGCUCUCAAACCCCGCUUGAACAUCCAAUAAAGGGUUUAGUUCAAAUCAAAUCCUGGUCAUGUAGCGUACUUUGAACAUAUACUUACUAGGUAGCUCGGCCCGGAGGCAAUCCCACGGUUAUCUUGUAUCACAUCAUAGGUUGUCAUUACAUUUGUAUUUAUACCGCACAGAUACGAUAGCAAAUUUUCGC